ACGCUAUAUUAGGGACGAACCGAUAAAGAUGCUCGGAGAGAAAAUUUUGAAAAAUGUUCGCGUCUGGUUAGGUUUUUCAAAGAUGAUGAAGAACAGAGCGGCGGCGACACCUGAGUUCGCGAACUCUAAGACGUUGGUGUGGUGGGACAUGGACGACUGUCCGGUACCGAAUGGUUACGACCCUAGUCGGCUCGGUCCGAGAAUAGACACGGAGUUGAAGAAAUUAGGGUACAAUGGUCCGCUCACAAUCAUUGCGAUGGGCGACCUGGAAGGAAUCCCUCAUGAGUUCCUGCGAGCGCUCGCUGACACUGGAGUCGUUAUUAAACACCAACCUCCGGUGACAAUAAUGGUCAUAUCCAGUUGCGUCCUAGUGGAAUCCACUACUGAAUACCUUUGCGAGAGUCGUCAUGGAUACAAUUUUCUUGUGGCAUAUCCACCACAUAGUGAACCUGAAAAUCCACACCCUCCAUCGCUAGUCAUUUGUGGAGAGUGGCUCUGGAAUAGGGAUAGCUUACUCAAAGGUCGGAUUAAGCAAGCAGCUGAGUUUGUGAUUUUUCCAGAUUCAGGGUCUGCCGAGGAGACAAGAGGACUGGUCAUGGGCGGUCACAUGUUUUCUUGUGAAUUAUGCGAAUUUGAUGGCCCUGGCUUUGAAGAUCUCACCACUCAUCUCGACAGUCCCGAACAUGCAGAGGAAAUGAAAUUGGAAUAUGAAGCGAGGGAGCAUAAGUUUCUACUGGCUGCAGAACAAGAAGCUAAGGCGAGGAAGAAUACGAAAGUAAAGAAAAUCCUAACUAUGACUCCAAAUAUACAGCCUCAUUUUGAUUCAGUACUGACUUUUGUUGAUGCUACAAACAUUACAUUUGUAGGCAAAAAUGUUGAAAGAUGUCGAAAAGGACCAAAUGCGGAGCAAUCCCAGGAGGUCGAAGAGGCUAUC